CCCCACCGUGGGUGUUUUUUUUCCCCUCCUCCCCCUCUCCCCCCCGCUCUGAUUUCCCUCCCCUCCGCCCGCCCUGCCUGUGUGUUUUCGCCGCCGCGCUCGCCGAGCCCCUUGGCAUGAGUUAAGCACCAGCCAUGGACACCAAACACUUCCUGCCGCUGGAUUUCUCCAACCAAGUCAAUUCCACAUCCCUGAACUCUCCCACGAGCCGGGGGCCCAUGGCCACCCCGUCCCUCCACCCGUCCAUCGGGCCGGGCAUCGGCUCCUCGCUGGGCUCCCCGGGCCAGCUGCACUCGCCCAUCAGCACCCUGAGCUCGCCCAUCAAUGGCAUGGGCCCUCCCUUCUCCGUCAUCAGCUCCCCCAUGGGCCCGCACUCAAUGUCCGUCCCCUCCACCCCCAGCCUGGGAUUUGGCACCAGCAGCCCACAGCUCAACUCACCCAUGAACUCCGUCACCAGCACAGAAGACAUUAAGCCACCCCUGGGGCUCAAUGGAGUCCUCAAAGUGCCAGCACAUCCCUCAGGAACGAUGGCCUCCUUCACCAAGCACAUAUGUGCCAUCUGUGGGGACAGAUCUUCAGGAAAACAUUACGGGGUUUACAGCUGCGAGGGCUGCAAAGGCUUCUUCAAGCGCACGGUGCGGAAGGACCUCACCUACACCUGCCGCGACAACAAGGACUGUUUGAUCGACAAGCGCCAGCGCAACCGCUGCCAGUACUGCCGCUACCAGAAGUGUCUGGCCAUGGGCAUGAAGAGAGAAGCUGUCCAGGAGGAGAGGCAGCGGGGGAAGGACCGCAACGAGAACGAGGUGGAGUCGACAAGUAGCGCCAACGAGGACAUGCCUGUGGAAAAGAUCCUGGAAGCUGAACUCGCUGUGGAGCCAAAGACAGAGACCUACAUCGAGGCAAACAUGGGCCUGACGCCGAGCUCGCCCAAUGACCCAGUGACGAACAUAUGCCAGGCAGCAGACAAACAGCUCUUCACCCUGGUGGAGUGGGCCAAGAGGAUCCCCCACUUCUCCGAGCUGCCCCUGGACGACCAGGUCAUCUUGCUCCGAGCAGGGUGGAAUGAGCUCCUAAUUGCCUCCUUCUCCCACCGCUCCAUAGCUGUGAAAGACGGGAUCCUCUUAGCCACCGGGCUCCACGUGCACCGGAACAGCGCACACAGCGCUGGCGUCGGGGCCAUCUUCGACAGAGUAUUGACAGAACUCGUGUCAAAAAUGCGAGACAUGCUGAUGGACAAGACAGAGCUGGGCUGCCUGCGAGCCAUUGUCCUCUUCAACCCUGACUCGAAGGGUCUGUCGAACCCGGCCGAAGUGGAGGCGUUGCGGGAGAAGGUGUACGCGUCGCUAGAGGCUUAUUGCAAACACAAAUACCCCGACCAGCCCGGGAGGUUUGCAAAGCUCCUGCUCCGCCUCCCAGCCCUCCGGUCCAUCGGCCUGAAAUGCCUGGAGCACCUCUUCUUCUUCAAGCUAAUAGGAGACACACCCAUCGACACCUUCUUGAUGGAAAUGCUGGAAGCGCCCCAUCAAAUGACUUAGAGAAACUGCUGCUGGGUCAGUCCCUCGCCCGGCCGGGGGGUCCCGCGGGGCCCCUCCCUCCGCUUUCCUCCUCCGCCGCCGCCCCAGCCCGUCCCUCCCUCCUCACCCCAGCGCCGGAGGCACCGUCUGAUCCGGGGGGGGACCCCCCGCCGUCCUCGCCUCCUCAUCGCCUUCACCCCUGUCCGUUUGCUGUCACUGCUGCAUCUCCAGACCUGCUCGCUGGUCCCCUGCGCUAGAUGUAGAGAAGUGGGAGCGGAGAGAGCUCGCCACCCACCCCCUGCCCGGCCCCCGCCGUGCCAUGAGUUUUGGGAUGAGCCACCAGCCGGGCUUGGCAUCACCCACCCCCCCCCUCCGUGGGUGCCCCGGGGCAGGAGCGGGGACGGGGACAGUCCCAGCCCUUUUGGGGGCAGUGGGGUUUGGACAAGCUGAGGGGAGUGGCUGAACUCGCCGGAUUGCAGCUGGCUAUUUUCAGAGGAUGGAGUUUUUUUGAAAAAGAGAAGAGGAAAAAAAAAAAAAAAACCCAACCAAGAAAAAAAAAAAAAGAAUUCUAUUUUUGGUUUCUAACUAUUAUUAGUAGUCUCGGUAGUUACUUUGCGGAGGGAGAGGCGGCCCAGCCGUGCCCCGUGAAUGAGUCACCCGUGGCUGCACAGAGUCUUCUCCUUCCAGUUCACAGCAGAGGAUUUGGGAUUGAGCUGAAUCCCCCCCCGCUAAAUAACAGGGGACCGGUGGCACAGGGAGCUGGGUCACCCUCUGUGCAGAGCGUGCACCUGAAAAAUCCCCCUCUGCCAUCCCAGAGGGCGACUGGGCAUCGCUGCUCUUCCCAAAGAUGCCUCUGCGCUGGGUGUGGAGCUGCCCACGCAGAAAGAGCCGGCUGGAGCACUUGCUUUAAGGCUGCCAGGGACUCCCUGUCACCCUACCCCAGCUCAUGGGGGCCUGCUGGGACCCCUGCCCUCAGCACAACAUCCCGGCAUGGCCCCAGAAUCCCAGCAUGGCCCCAAUAUCCUGGCACUGCCCCAGCAUCCCAGCAUGACCCCACUCGGGGGUUUCGGCUCACCCAGGAGGCUGCUCCUGUUGUUUCAGCCGUGCAAAACACUGCAAGGCAACAAUUAGUGGGAGUGCUUGGCCAGGCUGGUUAAUUGCAGCUGUUAAUUAGUGGUGAAGCAAGAACAGGGCUCCCCCUCCCCUGAAUCUCCCCUGUGGGGCACAGAUGUGGGGGCUGAGAGGUCCCAGCUGGGUGGGGAACAUGGCAGCACCCACCCCUCCUCCUGUCUGGGAUACUGAGAGCACCAAGAGCACCUUGGCUUUUGCACAGUCCUUUCCUUGAGUCUUGGUGUGACAGCAGGGAGAUGGACAAGAUUUUGGGGAUUAGGGACACGGUCCCAGGAACGUGCUCACACCCCGCGAGAUGGGAUUCCCCAGGGAGCGUGUGGCGAGAGGUCAGCCAGGGAUCAUCUCAGCCCUCAUCAGGGGUCUCCAGUGCCCCACCAAAAACUUGAGUUAAAGAAAAAAACAAAGCAGAGCAAGCGGUGAGGGAUGUUGGGAAGGGUUUUUUUUUUCCCCUUGGCAGGAUGGACUGUCCCAAACACACCGUGGGACAAGUGCUGCGAGCCAAGAAUGAGGUGCCUGUGGUUGGCCUCUGGCCAAGGGCUUCCCCACCGCUUCCAUGUCCUCUUGUGCUUUAAAACAACAAAGUAUUUGCUCCCAAAGAUCCUCUUCUUGCUCCCCAUGGGUUGUGGCUGGUUGAAAACACCUCCUUCAUGCCCGGAGGGGGGGUGGAGCAGCACCCACCACCUCACACCUCUGGUUCUGAGGGGACACAGUUGCCACCCGCCUGUUGUCAUCCCGCCUGGCAGCUGGAGUCCCCAGCUCCAUGCCCUGCAGCUCAGCAGGCCAUCUCACUGCUGAAAAAACACUCAGGAUUUCAGGUCAGAACUUCCCCCUCAGGCUGGCCCGAAGUGGCAAAUCCGCAGCGGCAGGGAGAGUGUUUUGGCUGCGUUUCCCCAGCAGCCUGCAUGCCGCCGAAAAUAUUAUUAAACAGCUUCACCCUGCAAGAAUUUGCCAAGAAAACUAGGCAAGAGAGAUGAAAUCUGGAAAGGGUGCCAGGAAACACGAGCAGGCUGUUCCCUGCCAGCGUGAGGCUGGCGCAGCCCUCGGGGGGUGCAGGGAGGUGUCGGCUCCCAGUGGAGCUCAGCCCGGAGCCCACCCAGCCCCUGGGCAGCCCCCAGGCCGGCUCUUCCAGCAGAAAGGAGCCUGGAACUUGCUUACCAGAAAGGAUGAGGAUGCUUUGGGAAAGUUGGUGGAUAUUGCACUAGAAUAAACCCGCUGUCCUUCUCUGUUGGGUGGAACCACUUUUUUUUCCUGCUGGAUGGCUUGGAAGGGGCUGCUUGGUGCUGGGUGCUGAGCUGUGGUGGCUGCAAGGUGCUGGGCUGCACGGUGGGAGCUCCUGUCCCAUCCCAUCUCGUCCCAUUCCAUUCCGUCCUGUCCCUUCCCAUCCCAUCCUAUCCCAUCUCAGCCCAUCCUGUUCCAUUUCAUCCCAUCCCAUUCCAUUCUCUCACGUUCUAUCACGUUCCAUCCCAUCUUGCAUUCCAUCCCACCCCAUCCCAUCUCAUGCAUCCCAUCCCAUCUCAUCCCAUCUCAGGCCAUUUAAUCCAUCAUGUUCCAUCUCAUCCUGUUCCACAUCAUUCUAUCUCAUCCCAGCUCGUGUCAUCCAAUCUCAUCCCAUCCCAUCACACCCUAUCCAUCCCAUCCUGUGUCAUCCCAUCCCAUUCCCAUUAGCAUUUGCCCUGAUAAAAUGCCAUGGGCAGGGGGUAUCCCCCACAGGCAGCGUGAUGCCAAGGGGGAGGCUCCAUGGGUUCCAGACUUCCCAUCAGGAUGUGCAUCCCUGUGCCUCAAGUUUCCCUACUGGAGCAGCUCACAGCCUCAAUCCAUGCCCGUGGUGGAGGGGGGUUGGGGAAAGGCUGAGCCUUGUCCUGGGAUUUCAGUUUUCAGCAGGUGAAGGGGAGUUGGGGUUCCCGGAACGCGGGUGAUGAACCCCCAGGCCCCACCCCACCCCCUCCAUUCCCAGCCCAGCCCUUCCCAAGGGAAGGAAAAGCUUUUGUGCAUCCAUAACAUCCGCCACAGCAGCCUUAAAGCAAUGUGCUUUGCAUGAGUUUGAGUCUUUCAUUUGUAUUCUUUUCACUUUUUGGCUUUUUUUGUUGUUGUUGUCCUCAUCAUAAUAACGCUGAGUAUGGACGUGCUUGUUUGGAGAGGUGAGACAUGGCUAGAGGGAAAAAAAAGGCACAUUAUCCACUAGAGAGGUAGGACUUUGAUUAACCAGAUCUUAGUACUCUUGCAAAAAUCUGGUUUGAUUAGGGUGAUCUAUUUCUAAUUAUUUUUUUUGUUUUGUUUUGUUUAAAUUCCUUUUUGUUGGUGGGACAAUCUUUAAUUUUCUAAAGAUAGCACAAACAUCAGCUUUUCAGCCACCCGCUGCCACCCCGGAUGUCCCCUCACUGCCUGUGCAUGUUCCAACACAAGCCCUAUCCCAAACCAAUCUGAAUCCAGCACAUCCCAGGCCCCUCCAUGAGGAUGCUGAGGUUUCCCGGGCGCUGGAAUGCUGAGCUCUGUGGCCAGGGGGGCCCCCAGGAGGGGAGGGAGGGGCGAAGGACCCGCAGCACCCGCGGGUGUACGACACCCACACCGACCCCCUGACCUCUCCACCCUGGGAAGGGGAGCCCUGGGCUCAGCUCCUGAUCCUAAAAAAGGCUGGAGCUGGCAGGAAUGUGGCUCAAGAGCUGAUGCUGUCCCCAUCAGUGAGGAGCGUGCAGGAGCUGGUUUAAGUUGCUAUAUGUGCGUGUGUAUACAUGUAUGUACUGUAGAUAUAUACACUGUAUAAAUACCCUCACUCACAUAUACAGAUAUUAUAACUGUAGCAAUUACAGACUUUUCGUGGUU